CGAUGUCUCGGGUUACUUAGAAAGGACUGACAUGGAUUCGGAGCAAUGACCACAAUUCUAACCCUGAAAAGAACUUAGUUUAUGCCUUGAAGGAAUAUCUAUAUUGUUGCAAUGAGUGAAAUGGACCUAGCACCUCCACCCUCCCGCCCCUCCUCUAUCACACCGAAAACCUCUCCCUCCACACUGGAUGGACCUCUUGCUUCCUCCUCCACAUCCCCCCCGAUUAUCCCCCCUUCCCUCCCUGCCUCCCAAUCCUGCUCCCUCCCAGUCCCCCCCAAACCCACCAACCCUCUGAAACCAACUCCUACUCCAUCCUCCUCUCCUCUGCCCUCCAUCCCUACUGUAACCUCUCCUCCUUCAAUCUCCACGACUUCAUCAAACCACAUUCCUCCUCCUCCACCUUCCAGCCCCUCUUCUCCUAAACCACCUCCCCCUGUCACCUCCUCUCCUAAACCGCCUCCCACUGUCACCUCCUCUCCUAAACCACCUCCCCCUGUCACCUCCUCUCCUAAACCGCCUCCCACUGUCACCUCCUCUCCUAAACCACCUCCCCCUGUCACCUCCUCUCCUAAACCACCUCUCUCUGUCACCUCCUCCACCCCUCUUACCCCAUCACCUGCAUCAACUUCUUCUUCGCUGACCUCCUCCCCAGCCCCCAGCUCCUCUCCAGCUCCCAGCCCCUCUCUGGCCUCCCCCAGCCCUCCAGCUGCUCCCAAACAGAAGAGGUUUGCUACCGCGGCCAAGAGGGUGUUGAUUCAGGAGAGGCUGAGGAAGUCAGAGGAAGAGGAGGGCCAAGAAGACGAUGAAGAUGGAGAGCAGGAAGAAAACCUGACCUUGGAGGAGACUGAGGAGAAGGCCAAGGCUGGAGAUGCCAGAGCACAGACUAAUCUGGCUAAACAUUACCUGGAGCUAGCUGAGGAGAAGGAUGCGGAGCUUAAUAACCACCUGGCAGUUGAUUGGCUGAUGCAGGCCGCCAAGCAGGGUCGGAAGGGAGCCGCCCGGAUAUUGCAGCGAUGCUGGAUAAAGAGGAAAGGCAUAACCCCUGAGAAUGAGGAGGCAGUGCGUAAACUGUCCACGGAGAGCAAGUUUGAGCAGUCAGUGCGCAAGGCGGCCAUGAUGAUGUACUGGAAGCUAAACCCAGACAGGAAGGAGAAGAUGGCCGUGUCUGAGAUGCUGGAGAACGUCGGCCAGGUCAAUUAUGUGCAGGGUGGCAUCUCUAGCAGGGUCCCUCCCACCUCAGUCCAAACACAGAAGGUUCUGGAGCGCAUGGUCACCAGAGAAUCUGGCCAGUACGUGGACCUGGAUGACUUUGUAGAGAUCACUAAGAAGUACGCCCAAGGCAUCGCUCCCACACCUGGCCUGGACGCCACUCAAAAGAAAAGCCCUGCUUCCCAAGAUGACAAGACGCAGAACAAAGGACUGGUGCCCACGGAGGGCAGGAAGAGGAGUGGUGUGUGGGGGAUGGGCAGGGGUGGCACCAUGCUGGACAACGGUCGCAGCGGAGCCAUGAAGAGAGCCAUGGACAUCAAAUCCCACCUCCUGGUUUUGCAGUACCCUAUCCAUGCCAUCCUGGAGAUGAAGGAGCACCUAAUUGAUUGGGCGUCCCGUGCGGGCGUCCAAUGGCUCAGCACGAUCAUCCCCACACACCAUGUCAACGCGCUGAUCUUCUUCUUCAUCAUCAGCAACCUGACCGUCGACCUCUUUGCCUUUGUGAUCCCCCUGCUUGUGUUCUACCUCUCCUUCAUCUCCAUGGUGAUCUGCACGCUGCGCAUCUUCCAAAGCAGCAAGGCGUGGGAGAACUUCCGGGCCCUGACGGACCUGCUGACCCGCUUCGAGCCGGGCCUGGAUGUGGAGCAGGCGGAGACCAACUUCGGCUGGAACAACCUGGAGCCCUACCUGUAUUUCAUCCUGUCCGUCUUCUUUGUCAUCUUCUCCUUCCCGGUAGCCGACAAGGGCUGGAUCCCCUGCUCCGAGCUCUACACCGUCGCCAUCUUCCUCACCGCCGUCAGCUACAUGAGCCUCAGCCCUUCUGCUGCUACCUACGCUCGUCGGGCGCUCAUCAUAGAGGUGGCGUCGUCGCUGUGUGCCCUCACCAGGUUCCUUCCUGACACGAUGGAGGUGCCUCGCAUGCUGAGCCUCACCUUCGCCACGCUGCCACUAGGGGAGUCGGUGGUGCUGAAGCUCAGCCUCCCCUGCGUCCUCUAUGUCUAUCUCUUCUACUUGUUCUUCAGUAUGGCUUGUAUGCGUGGGUUCCGAGGCACCUACUGCUUCCUGGUCCCCUACCUGGUGUGCUUCAUGUGGUGGGAGUUCUCCGUGGUGCUCCUCCAGAACUCCUCGCCUUUGGGUCUCAUCCGCACCUGCGUGGCCUACUUCCUGUUCCUGUUCGCCCUGCCCGUGCUGGCGGUGGGUCUGGCUGCCCUGCUGUUCAUCCAGCUGGUCAAGUGGUUCCUGGAGCUGGAGCUGACCAAGAUGCUGGUGACGUUGGCGGUGUGCGCCAUCCCAGUCACCCUGCGCCUCUGGACUCGAUUCAGCCUCUCCAUCCUGGAUGUGUUCCACACCCUGACCAACCGCGGCGUGGUCAAGCUCAUCCUGGCCUGCAUCUGCACCGUGGUGCUCUUCUGCUGGAUGUACGUGUACCACACGGAGGGGCUUAAGGUGUACAACUCCACACUGACCUGGAGACAGUACGGGCAGCUGUGCGGCCCGCCGUCCUGGGACGCAAAGGGCGUGGCCCAGACGCAGGUGUUCUGCUCCCACCUGGAGGGGCACCGCGUCACCUGGACGGGCACCUUCAAGCACGUGAGCGUCGCGGAGACGGAGAACGGGGCCCAGUCCGUCAUCAACAUGCUGCCCGUGUUCAUGGGGGACUGGUUGCGCUGCCUCUAUGGGGAGAAGUAUCCCAAAUGCGAGCAGAGGAACGCUUCCGCCAUCGCCGCUUCCGUCCAUGCUAACUUCACGACCGGCGCAGACGGCGACGCCGACCCCCCGGGGUCGCCCUCCCCGCCGCCGGUCGCCGUCCCGGUCCUGCUGCACAUGGAUGAAGAGGAGCUGUGUCAGAUCAAAGUCCUGGCUAAGCACGGCUGCCAUGUCAAGCGCUUUGACAGCCACCGCUUCCAGGUGACGGUGGGCAUGCUCCAGGAGGGGGGCGGCGCCGCCGACCCGGCCCGGGACAUCGUCCUCAUGGCCAGCCACGAGUUCAGGCAGGUCCUACUGAACUUGGAACCAGGAAGCACAGUUGAGUUCAGCACCAAGCUGGGGGGUCGUCUGGGGGGUCGGGUCCCGGCCUUCGAGCUGAAGGCCAUCAACUGCCUGGACUGCAUGUCCUCACUGCUGCCCGAGGGACGCCAGGUGAAGAUCGAACGCGACUGGAGACGCACCACGUUGCGCGCCAUGAAGUUUGCCUUUGACUUCUUCUUCUCGCCCUUCCUGUCCGCCAGGAUCAACGUGUGACACAUGUAAGGGAGAAUAAGCUGUGUGAUAAAGACAGACAGGGAGAGAGAGAAAGAGAGAGAGUGGGAGAAAGAGAGAGGUUGAAUUUCGUUUUCUUUUCUCUGUAUUUUGUCUCUUGGGGUGGCUAGCAUAUUACCGUGGUCACACACAGCAUUGUUUACAGAUGGUGUCCUUUCGAACACAAUACAUUUUAUACUGCAAACUGGAGAAAUUGUUUUCAUUCGGUGGAAUAGCAUGCUUUUGCAUGUGUUUACAAUCGUGGUGUUACAAAUUGGGUUAAAAAAAAAUUGUCAUCUUUUGCCUUACAAAUGUACUGCAUGUGUAUGAGCAAAUGUGUGUGUCUGGGGGGUUAUGUGUGUGUAUUUUUACAGUACAAAUGUGAAGUAUUUAUUUGCAGUGGGCUGUUUAACAGUAGUUAAACUGAGUGUGGUACUUUAAAGGAAAAUUUUAUUUUAACGAAACAUUAUUAUUUGGAAUUUGUCUUUUUUGCUGUCUUAAUAUUACCGCUGUGUCUUAUACUGGCUCAUGUCAGUAAGCACAGAAACACACACACACACGACACCAACCGACCAGAAUAAGGCUGUCUCUGAGAACGGAAGGCUUUGAAAAUGUUCCAGUUCUAUAUUUGGUCACACCACAAACCUGUUCUAACUGGCAGCAGUGGUGUCCCUUAUGCUGGUGUACUGUUUCACAGAGCCAGCAGCUCGAAACUGGGACUUCAUUAUGGCCCUAAACACACUGUACAGUCUCACACGGCCUUCUGACGCCAUGUCCUUCAGUCUCAGUCAUGUCAGCUACAUUGAGACAAGGCCAGCUGCUGUCUUCCCUCUGGCAGGCCUCUGUCCACUUCACAUCCUCAUCUUCACUCGCUGUUCUCUGUCUGCAGUAUUUGGGCGCUGACUGCAUCAGACAGUUGCUGCACUGUUGUUAGGGCAAUCUAUCAACAGACAAUGCGUAUACUCAUUCCAUCUAAUUUGGAGGGAGCUUAGUUAGCCUAGCAUGCUAACUUUUAGUUGCCUGCAUUUAACUUACUUGAUGUCUGUCAUUUUGCUUUGUCAUGACUUAUCAAAUAUGAUCUUGCGCUCUCUCUCUGGGUGACAAUAGGCAAUUAAAUAAAUGACUGAUUCAACAAAC